AUGGCCCCGCCGGGCCCCGCCGGCGCCCAGCCCACCUCGGCCGAGCCGCUGUCCCGAAGCAUCUUCCGGAAGUUUUUGCUGAUGCUCUGCUCCCUGCUCACGUCCCUUUACAUCGCCUACUGCCUGGCCGAGCGCUGCCAGCCCCUGUCCAGCCCCGUCGUGGGCAGCGAGGGGGCAGCGGCCCCGGGGCGCGGCGCCCUGGCCGGCCGCCCAAGCGAACUGGCGCGGUGGCCCGCGGGGGCGCGGAGAAAGCGCCUCCUGCGGCUGCAGCCCUGGCGGUGGCGCAGGCCGCCUGCGCCGCCCAGCGAGGCGGAUGGCGAGGAGGCCGCUUGGGAAGAGGAGUCCCCCGGUCUGCCCGGGGGUCCUGGCGGCUCUGGGGCUGGGAGCAGUGUGGCCGAGAGCCCGCCGGGGACCCUGGCACUGCUGCUGGACGAAGGCGAUAAGCAGCUGCCCCAGGCCAUCAUCAUCGGCGUGAAGAAGGGAGGCACGAGGGCGCUGCUGGAGUUCCUGCGCGUGCACCCCGACGUGCGCGCCGUGGGCGCCGAGCCCCACUUCUUCGACCGCAGCUACCACAAGGGCCUCGCCUGGUACCGAGGAGACCGUUUCCCUAGGGUUUUACAAGGCUCUUUCUCUGCGCCCAAGAGCCCGUCCUACUUUGUGACGCGCGAGGCGCCCGCGCGCAUCUCGGCCAUGUCCAAGGACACCAAGCUCAUCGUGGUGGUGCGGGACCCCGUCACCAGAGCCAUCUCGGACUACACGCAGACGCUCUCCAAGCGGCCGGACAUCCCCACCUUCGAGAGCCUGACCUUCCGGAACCGCACGACCGGCCUCAUCGACACGUCCUGGAGCGCCAUCCAGAUCGGCCUGUACGCCAAGCACCUGGAGCACUGGCUGGGCCACUUCCCGCUGCGCCAGCUGCUCUUCGUGAGCGGGGAGCGGCUGAUCCGGGACCCGGCCGGCGAGCUGGGGCGCGUGCAGGACUUCCUGGGCCUCAAGAGGAUCAUCACGGACAAGCACUUCUACUUCAACAAGACCAAGGGCUUCCCCUGCCUCAAGAAGGCCGAGGGCAGCAGCAAGCCCCACUGCCUGGGCAAGACCAAGGGCAGGACCCACCCCGAGAUUGACCCCGAGGUGGUGCAGCGGCUGCGCGACUUCUACCGGCCCUUCAACCUCAAGUUCUACCAGAUGACUGGGCACGACUUUGGCUGGGAUGGAUAACAAUCUAAUUUAAAAAGAAAAAAAUAUUGAAAUAUAAUAUAUUUUUUUACCGGUUGGUAGAGAAGAAGCGGUUUAAUAUGUGUGCUGAAAAUACUUGUUUGGGUACCCCUGCCCCCCAUGAAUGUUAAGAGAUUGUCCUCACCCAUGCCCUCAUCUUAAUAUAUAAUCAACACCAAACAUUGGGAUAAAACAAUGUAAACUGCACUCACCUAGCUGCUCUCAGUGCUCAGUGUUGACCGUAUUUUAUGUUAUGUUACACACGCAAUCAUAAAGAAUGAGGAUUGGUUGCCAUUAAAAGGUUUAAGAAUAUGUUUAAGCUAAAUGUCUCUUUUUAAAGUAGGCCCUGUUAAAAUUCAUAUUAAUCCUUAGAUGUUUAAUUCCCAACCCCCACCCCCGCGGUACCCCUUUCUUUUCUUAAGCCAUUUCCUUAUGUAGUAAUACUGAAUUUGUGCGUCAUUUCCUGGUUUUCACAAAGAUUCAAAAUACGUGUUUUAAAAUUCUUACACAGCUAUAUGUCAUUUAAGAGCAUAGAAAUUCUUUGCCCCAUUUUACAGAUAAGAAAACGGUCUCAGGAAGGUUCAAUUAUUUAUCUUAAAGCCAAAUGGCGGUCUCUGGGCAAAACCCUGUCUUCCACGUGUUCCCUAUUUCCUGCCAAUCCUUCAGGGGAGACCGCGAGUCAAAGGCGUUUGUGUCUUCAGAGAUGUACGCCUAGCUUUUGGAUGAUCUAAAUUCCCGGCUCCUUGUGACCCCCAAUCUCCUUGCACAGUGGGGUUUAUGCUCAAGAAAAACCCAGUCUGGACACAAACAUGUAAGGGCCAGUCUUGGCUUAUUGAAGUACAUUGGGGAUAUGAAGACUCUCGACUUAAAUGGAAAUAUCUUAUUUGACUCUUGCAUUGGGAACAAGACAGGGGCCCUACUAGGAAUAGGGCAAGAUGUGGUAGGUAUACAAUUUACCCAUUUGUUGAUUUAAUUGUCCAUUUAAAAAGAACAGAAAAAGGAAAAUCAUGUCAGUAAAUGCUUACAAGAAUGAGUCUCAUUUUCCUUUACUUUUUUAAAGAAAGAGCAUCUUCCUCUCUUUGUAUCUGGUUUCUGACCUUAGAAAUAAUACUAAAAAUAGAUCAAUUAACAACUCAUUUAUAAUGCUUUCUUUUUCAUGGAUGGAAAACUCUCACUUUGUCACUUUAUUUCUCCCCCAGCCCCUGCUCAUACUGGUUAUUACCUAAUGUGUAUUAAUAGUUGGUAAAUAUUCUAAGAAUUAUCAAUUUGGAUAAAAUGUUAAUCCUUUUCUCCCAUGUGUCCCUGCCCAUCCCCAUUUAAAUUGCUCAAAUCAAUCAAUAGUUUAUUAAGAGUAUUCCUUUCCUCUCGGAGUGGGCACUAACAAGAUUAGCAUUAAUGAGAAGUAAAUUGGUUUAGAGAGGAGCACAUACACACAAAAUAUAUAAAACGUUUAUAAUUAGUCUGUCAACAGCAUUUUAUUACAGGUUCGAGCCCAAGAGGAGAAAAAAAAGACUUCUCCUCUCUCAAGGCAGUUUAAAGGGCCAGAUACUCUCAAACUGGAAGACAGUAUUCCUGUUACCUUCUCCAAGUUGUCAAUCAGAUGAAGCAACAAUUAUAUUAAAAUAUGCCUGACAAUAUGCAUGCAACCCAUGACGUAAUAUUUUCUUGAGAAACUUAUUGCAUUAGGAUUAAAAUGAAG